AUGGACGUUGUCGCGGCAGUUUCGGGGUAUAUCUCCAGGAUGAUCACGGCGGGGGACCCGUCGACCCCAAGUUCCUCCACGUCGGCCAAGAUGAAGAUCUUGCUUUUAGAUAGUGAGACGGUCACUAUUGUGUCGACGGCUAUCACUCAAUCCGCCCUGCUGAACCACGAAGUAUACCUGAUCGAUCGGCUCGAUAAUGCGGCUCGAGAGAAAAUGCGACAUUUGCGCUGCCUCUGUUUUGUGCGUCCGUCACCCAGUUCGAUUCAAUUUUUGAUUGAUGAACUCCGCGAUCCUAAGUACGGGGAGUAUUACAUCUACCUCAGCAAUAUCAUUCGCAAGUCUUCGCUCGAACGUCUCGCCGAAGCGGAUAGCCAUGAAGUGGUGCGUGCGGUGCAGGAACACUUUGCGGAUUUCAUAGUGAUCAAUCCGGAUCUUUGUUCUUUAAAUCUCGGCUUCCCUCAACAGCGAUUGUGGAGUCAUUCGCCAGACCUGUGGGGUACAGACGCCCUACAGAGGGCUACGGAGGGCGUAAUCUCUAUCCUGCUAGCUUUGAAAAAGCACCCCUUAAUACGCUACGAGAAAAAUAGUUUGCUGGCCAAGAAGCUGGCAACCGAGGUUCGUUACCAGUUGACUCAGGAAGAGCAGUUGUUCAACUUUCGCAAGACCGAUACACAGCCAAUUCUCCUAGUUCUAGACCGGCGCGAUGAUCCUAUUACACCGUUACUGACCCAAUGGACGUAUCAGGCGAUGGUUCAUGAAUUGAUGGGCAUUCACAAUGGAAGAGUAAACCUCCGAGACGUCCCAGAAAUUCGACCAGAGCUCCGAGAAAUCGUCCUCUCGCAGGAUCAAGAUCCGUUCUUUAAGAAGAACAUGUAUCAAAAUUUUGGCGAUCUGGGUCAGAAUAUCAAAGAAUAUGUCGAGCAGUACCAGGUAAAAACCAAGAACACCAUGAACAUCGAGUCGAUUGCAGAUAUGAAGCGAUUUGUGGAAGAUUAUCCUGAGUUUCGUAAGCUUUCGGGAAAUGUUAGCAAGCACGUUACUCUGGUCGGGGAACUCAGCCGGCGGGUUGGCGAGCAUGAUCUCCUUGAUGUGAGUGAAUUGGAACAGAGUCUAGCUUGCAACGAGAACCAUGCGAGUGACCUCAAGAAUCUACAAAGAUUAAUACAGCUGCCAUCUGUGCCGGCGGAGAAUAAGAUACGCUUAGUGGCACUGUAUGCUAUUCGAUACGAAAAACAACCAAAUAAUGCUCUUCCGAUUCUGCUUGAUUUGCUGGUCACCGCAGGCGAUGUGCCUUCGUAUAAAGUUAAUAUCAUUCCAAAACUACUUGCCUACCACCAUUCCCUUCAAGCUCCCCCAGUCGCCGGAGGCUUCUCUGACCUAUUCGAAUCGACUUCCUUCUUCUCUGGUGCUAGGGACCGUUUCAAAGGGCUGAAGGGUGUUGAGAAUGUUUACACUCAACACUCACCGCGGUUGGAGGCGACUCUCCAGAAUCUAAUCAGGGGCCGGUUAAAGGAACUACAGUAUCCUUUUCUCGAGGGUGGAGGUCAUAUCCGAGAUAAACCCCAGGAUAUAAUCAUCUUUAUGGUGGGCGGUGCAACCUACGAAGAAGCUAAGAUGGUGGCUCAAGUCAAUGCCAGUUCACCUGGAGUACGUGUGGUUCUUGCUGGCACAAGCAUACACAACAGCACGAGCUUCCUGGAGGAGGUCGAUGAUGCUAUAUUCGGUGCGACAGGCCAUAUGGGCCGCUCCCUUGUCAAGACUGCAUUGUCCCGCGGUGACCGGGUCGCAGCUGUUGGGCGUACCUUCGAGAACAGUCCGGAAUGUAUGAAGAAACUAGAAGAAGAACACGAAAACUGCUUUGGGCUUCUCUGCGAUGUUCGUGCCAGGGAGACUGUCAAACGAGCUAUUGAUCGCACAAUCGAACGCUUUAGUCGCAUUGACAUCAUCGCCAACUGCGCCGGGUACGGCGUGAUCGGAGCUUGCGAGGAUCAAGACGAAUAUGAUAUCCGCGACCAGUUCGAGACAAAUUUUAUGGGGACGCUAAAUAUGAUUCAGCUAUCGCUGCCGCACUUCCGAGAGAGGAGAUCCGGUCGCUACUUGAUCUUCAGCUCCACAUCAGGCGCCUUGGGCGUUCCCGGAUUAGGGCCGUAUUGCGCAUCAAAAUAUGCCGUCGAAGGGUUGAUGGAGAGCAUGCUGUAUGAAGUGGACAGUUUUAACAUCAAGACCACGCUCGUGGAGCCUGGGCACAUGCGUCGCGAUGACACCGGUGAUCUCGUGCCCGAUACAGCGGUUCUGGCUAGUCAGAAUGACAACGAUCUGGCUUCGCCGCUUCCGCUCUAUGGUCAUUUUUUUGUUAAGCCUCCGAGCGAGCCAUACAACACGCCUACUGCGCCGGCGGCGCAUGCAAAGCGCAUGCUAAUGUGGCUAGGCGACAAGCAACCUGCCAGCGCUGUGAAAGCAGCCUGUCUAGUCUGGGAGUUGGGCCAUUGCUCCUAUCCACCACUCCGACUUAUCUUGGGUACCUACGCGGUUGAGAGUAUUAGGGACAGACUGAAGUGUAUCAUCGAAGAAAUUGAGGAUUGGAAAUACCUCAGUUUUCCCCGUGGCGAUCAACAAGGCCCUCCCCCUUCCAAGGACAAAGUUCCUACGAAUGCACGAGAAACGGAAAGGGGAGAGAUGGUGACGUGA